UCUUUUCAAUAUGAUAAAUGAACUUCCUACCAUUUUAGAAGUUGUGUCUGGGAAAGCUGUGGAACCACCAAAACACAACCCAAAGCUGCUCAAUGAUGACACCCAGCAGCCAAAGAGAAAAUGGUCAACACCACAGCCAAGAAAUUGGAAAGACGAGGCAAUAGUGCGUGGAAAAUCAUUGCUUCGGCCGAGUGGUCCAGCAGCCCCCGCGAUGGCUUCCUCUCAGGCCCGGGUCUUUCCCGUUCAGUUUGAGGAUCCUUCAACACUACUGGCUUCUCAUAGGCAGAUUGCAGCUUCUCUUCAGGCUACCAUUACUGGUCUGGAGAAUCUCUUGGGUACCCACUUGAAUGAAAUAGCACGAUUGGAAGGGAUGGCUCGAAUUCUUGCCAACAACCGCACCUCGGAUUCUCACAAUGAUGCUUCCACUGACUCGGACUAGCCCUCUCUAUUAUGAUGUUCGCCAUUCAUUGUCAAUUUGUUUGUUCUUUCCAUUUGAUGAAAUGCCUCAAGUUCACCAAGGAUAAGA